AUGGCGACUUUUUUAGGCAAACGUCGCAAGAUCAGGUGUACUUUCCCCAGCGGAAACUCAGCUACAUGCGUGUGGUGUCUUGCCCACGAUUCAGCCUGUGUCAGCCAGCAAUACCAAGAUGACGGCAGCGAUCAUUCGCGCUCUCCACACAUGGAGGAGCGAAUGCUUCGUGUAGAGAGUAUGUUAGAACGAGUUCUUGAGAAGCUGGAGACUGGAGUUCGGCAUACGCAGACCACGGAGCCCUCGGAGCACGCGACGACUACCGAGGACAGCACCGGAAUCGACGUUAUUAACACGGCCUCGAUAUCAGCGCCCUCUUCGACAUCCAACGUGGUUUCUGUCUUUCGCAACGCUUCUUUCAUGUUGGAGAUUGGUGGUGAAGGAAUAUCUCCCACCGAUGCCUCAGCUCUAACGCCAAAUGCCAGCCGAGCACUGGUGCCCGGCACAGCAGUAUGGCCGAAACUCAGGAGAGUGUCUCAUAUGCUACUAGAGCUCACACCGCCUCGCGCAGUCGUUGAGCUCAUCGAUAACGAAAGUUCACCCUGGAUCAGUCAACUACUGCGGCCUCUACCGUCUCUUCGUCAAUCUAUCAAGUUUUCGCUUCUCAGAAUGCUACCGAUCGAACCAAUGUCCGCCAGCCAUCCGACAGUCAUUGCAAGAGCCUUGAUGGUUAUUGUGAUAUGUCUACAACAGCUUCCAAAGAGUACAGAUAUGAACAAGUAUAGGUUACCAUCUUCGCGAAACGACUUCAUGGAGCAUCUUACGACUACUAUAAUUUCCCUGGUGACGUCUGACGACGAGCUUAUUGCCACAAGCGAGGGACUGGAGUGUCUACUACUCAUGUCCAUUUACUUUGUCAACUCCGGCAGACCGCGGCGGGCAUGGCUCAACAAUCGAAGAGCUUUAGCAGUUGCGCAGCUUAUGGAUCUCCACAAGACGUCUAUACAGGAUGCCGAGCAACAAGGCAGCAUAGCGGGCAUCUGGCCUCAUAUUGUGCACCACGACCACCAUCUCUCUGAGAUUCUUGGAUUCCCCUGCGGAGUUGUAGGUUCAUACGAGCCCUUUGUGCUGGACGACCUCACUUUUAUGCAGCAAUUGAGUGAAAGCCAGCAAGACAUGCUUUACCAACGGCAGCUUGACCGGAUCGCCGCCCACUUAGUGGAGAGAGAUCAGCGCUCUCCAGCACUGGCAGUCCCCUUGAUGGUGUCCAUCGACAGCGCCCUUAGCAAUCUGGCAAAGGCCAUGCCGUACUCGUGGUGGCAUCCCUUUGACCGGGUCUCAGGCAGCCAAGCAGACGCAAUGGGGAUGCUCUACAGUCGAUACAACGUGCAGCUAUGGCACCAUCACCUCGACAUGUCGAAUCACCUGCCGUUUAUGCUCGAUGUAACCGACGAGCGGCGAUCCGAGUACAGCAGGAUACAAUGCCUGAGGGCCGCCCGCGAGCUCAUCAAGGUCUAUAUUCCGCUACGAACUACAUUCGGCAUGUUCUCCUGCUGCAUGACGAAUUUCCAGGCAUUCACAGCCGCAGUGGCAAUCAUCUUCAACAUGUUUCUGCAGACAUCAUCGGCCGAGUUCGAAGUCCUGUCCGGCCAGAGGGCUGGAGACUGGGCUCUGAUUGCGGCCAUCAUCGACGUCUUGGAUGCGGCCAUUGAGCGAUUCGACGACCGCGUGGCGUUGCAGGCGCGUGAUGUCCUCAAGCUGCUCCAAGCAAUCGAAAACGACCCCAGAAGCCUGAAAGGUGACAGGUUUCACUUUACGAUCCCGUAUUUCGGCGUCAUCUCCAUUGCUCGAAAAAUGCCUGCCGGUGAGCCAAGCGAUGUGACGGCAAUGCAGACUGACGGUGCCAAUGGCAACCACAUGACCGACCCUUCAGCCGCUGUUUUGAGCCUGGAUGAUUCGCCGUCGUUUAUGACUACAAUCGACUUUAUGGGGUCCAAUACUGCGGUUGACGUUGACGAGCUUAUGAAGCAGUGGUUGGUUGACGAGAUGUAG